AUGUACUCCCCUUCUUUAUUCUCGGACAGCCUUUAUAAACUAUGGAGACACGAUGAUGAUGGUAUAGAUUCGUCUGAUUUCCAUAGAAGGACUUUUAAUAUGCAUAACGCCAACAAUACAAAUUCUAAUGGUGCAACUAAUACUACUAAUAAUAACGUAACACAAGAGCAAUUGGAAGAUCAAAGAAGACAUAUUCGACUGUUAUUUGCACCACCAUUACUGGCGUAUUCAGCAGAAUAUCCAGGGGCCAGUUUAUCACAGUUGGAAUAUACCAUAAGCAAUCAAAGCGGAAAUAAGCAGGAUUUACCAUUAUUGACACCAUUAAUCCAGAGGAAACUAGAUAGAUUACAACAGAUACGAAACAUAGGAUACACCAGCAUAAUACCCGCGGGUGUUGGGAAAACAAUGGAGCAGAUUGACUUUGAAGAGGCAAGACACUUCAAUAUGAGUGAACAGCAAGAAGGGUCGUUUAUCCCAACAGCCGAGAAUGGCGAUGCGCCCGACAGCUCUAUCAAUGGAGUACCUAAUCAAAGCAUUAAUGAAGAAGAGGAACCAGAGAUAGACUUAGACGCAAAUAUUCCGAAUGCGGAUGACGUUACCAAUGAUGACGACUUUGAAGACGAUGAAUUUGGAGAAGUACAAGAGGAACAAGAUGAAAUUGAUUUAGAUGAUCAUAGUUUAAAUGAAGAUGAAGGUUUCAUGGCAGAAGAGGUUGAGUACCAAGACGACCAUAGUAUAGUGAUGGACCAUAUACCGAAUAUGUUGAUAAAUACUGGGACGACAGCUACAACAGUUAAUACCAACUUGAACUCUGGUAGAAGUAUCGCUACCAAUCCUACUAGUAUAACCAGUACAAGUCCUAUAAGCAUAGUAAAUCCUAAUUCGAGCAAUUUGUAUUCUACAGGCCAAGGAUAUAGGGAUGAAAGCGAUGAAAAUAAUCAGAAUGAUCAGUCUGAUUUAGAUAUGAUAAUUGACGAACAAUAA